AUGGCAAUGAACGAAAGCAGUAAUCUUUUACUUGGUGCUGCUCAUUAUAAUCGUUUUCGACCACCAUGUCAACAUCAAAAUUCUUUAAAUGAACCUGCCGUACAGGUUAUUGAGAAUAAUGAUGAAACAGAUCGUCGAGCAUCAUCUGUUCAAUCACUUCAAUCAGUAAUUUCAUCAUCAAAACCAUUAACAGCAGUAUCAUAUCCACGUUUACAAUAUAUUUUUCCAAAACCAUAUUUACCUCCAACUCGUGCUAAUACUUUAAAUACAACAACGUCAUCAUCAUCAUCAAAACAUACGACUAUAUCAGUUCAUAAUAGUGUAUCUCCUAUAGAUGAUCUUUCUCCAUCGACUAAAAUUCGUACACAAGAUGAAAAUAAACAAUUUGUAAAAAAUAAUUCAAUAGAUGAAUGUGAUGUUUCAACACAUCUUUUAAAAUCAACAACACCAAUAUUACCUGAAAAUGAUGAAAAUGAAAAAAUUUUAGAUAAAAAAGAUCCUAUUGAAAUUCGUGUUCGAUGUAUUUUUUCUCGUGUUGGAGAAAUUGAUACACUUAAUGAACGAUAUACCGCUGAAAUCUUUUUUGAAGCUUCAUGGUUUGAUGAAAGUCAAAAAAUUGGAUUAAAAUAUGAUCCUCAAAUGGGUCAUUUUAAUCCACAAUUAGUUGUACUUAAUCAUAUUGGUGAUUCAUUAAGACAUGAAAAAUGGUAUUCGACAAAUAAAACAGAUGAUGAUAAUAUUACUGAAAUAACAGAAUAUCAUAAAAUUCGUGGUGUUUUUUGGGAACGUAUGGAAUUAAAUCAUUUUCCAUAUGAUGUACAAGAAUUAUCCUUAUCAAUAACAACACCAUUAACAAAAAAUGAUCUAUUUUUUAUUCAAAAUCUUCAAAAACCAUCGGGUGUUAAUCGAACUGUUUUUAGUGAUCAACAAUCAUGGCAUUUAUAUGAACAUGUUGAAUUCUCACAUGAAGAACAUCGAGAAGAAUAUUCAUUAAAUUAUAAUCAAUUACAUCCUGUUGUUGUUUGUACAUGUCAUGUUGGACGAAAAUGUGGUUAUUAUAUUUGGAAUGCAUAUUUUUUAAUUUUUCUAAUAACAUCAGCAGCACUUUGUACAUUUGCAAUUCCACCAUCAAAUACGCAUGGUCGUCUACAAAUAACAUGUACUCUUCUAUUAACAUCGGUAACAUUUCGAUGGGUAGUUAAUAAAUCACUUCCAACAAUAUCAUAUUUAACAGCAUUAGAUGUUUAUGCUAUAUCAUCUAUUGUUGCAUUAUGUAUAAUAAAUGUUUUUCAUGGUAUAAUCAGUUAUAUUUAUUAUAAUCAAUUAUAUUUAGCAACAUCUCAACCAACAAUUACAACUAAUUCACUUCAUCUUUCACUUUAUCCUGAAUAUUCGCUUUGUCGUUUAGAUCGUAUUGCAUUUUUCGUAUUUCUUAGUAUAUUUUUUGUCUAUCAAGUAUUAAUACUUAUCUGGACAUUUUGGGUGCCUUAUAAACGACGUUAUGCUAUGAGCCAUAAAGAUGAAGAAAAUCGAGCACAAUUAUUGAAUAAAAUAUCAUGA